GAAAGACCCCAGUUAACAGUAAUGUUAUGGGAAUCGAUUGACGAAGUAGGGAUCCAAGUUCAUGUGUUUCUUGUUAAUAGCUUUACAGCAAGCUAAUAUUCAAGAGUGUUUUUGUUCUUUUUCAUUUUUAAAAUGGCCGAAGUUAAAGUAAAGCAAGAAUCUACAGAUCCCGUGGACAUCGAAAACAGGAUAAAGGAGCUUUGCAGCCAGUUUCCCCAUGGAAUAACCGACCAGGUCAUACAGAAUGACAUGCCUCACGUAGAGGCUCAGCAGAGGGCCAUGGCCAUCAACAGACUGCUCUCUGUGGGUCAGCUGGACCUGCUGAGGAACAGCAAUGGACUUCUGUAUAGGUUAAAAGACGCACAGACGGCAAGUAAAAUGAAGGGAUCUGACAACCAAGAGAAAUUAGUUUAUCAAAUCAUAGAGGAUGCAGGGAACAAAGGAAUCUGGAGCAGAGAUAUCCGCUAUAAAAGUAACCUCCCUCUGACAGAGAUUAACAAAAUCCUGAAGAACCUGGAGAGUAAGAAGCUUAUCAAAGCUGUGAAAUCUGUGGCUGCUUCUAAGAAAAAGGUGUACAUGCUGUAUAACCUUCAGCCAGACCGCUCAGUUACUGGCGGAGCCUGGUACAGUGACCAGGAUUUUGAAUCUGAGUUUGUGGAGGUCUUGAACCAGCAGUGCUUCAAAUUUUUGCAGAGCAAGGCGGAGGCAGCGCGGGACAGCAAGCAGAGCCCUGUGGUGCAGAGGAACAGCUCCUUCGCCACGUCCCACGAGGUGUGGAAGUACAUCUGCGAGCUGGGCAUCAGCAAGGUGGAGCUGUCCAUGGAGGACAUAGAGACCAUCCUGAACACGCUGAUCUACGACGGGAAGGUGGAAAUGACCAUCAUUGUGGCCAAGGAAGGGACAGUGGGCAGCGUGGACGGCCAGAUUAAGCUCUACAGAGGAGUCAACUCCAUCAUUCAGGCAACAGGCCUGGUGAAAACGCCCUGUGGGCUUUGUCCUGUGUUCGCUGACUGCCACGAGGGAGGUGAAAUCUCGCCAUCUAACUGCAUCUACAUGACCGAGUGGCUGGACUUCUAGCUAAGAUCUGCUGCGCUUCAGGGAUGGAUCCCCUCUGGGAAGGAAAGCUUGACGUGUUUUCGUAAUGGAGCCAGUGACGUUUUGGAGUUUUUUUUUUAUUAUGAGUAUUUAUAGUCUUUCUUAUGGAAAGCUUUAGAACUUUGGAAGAUGGUGGGAGAAAAAAAAAUCACUUUCUCCAUAUCAUCCCUUGUCAUUUUUACUUGAGGGUGAUCGGUUUCAGCUGAUUUAACUGGUGUCAGUAAAACAUCGAGAGUAUUUGUUCAAUAUUGUAAAUAUCACACCAAACACUGUGUGUACAAAGCAGCCAAAUAAAGUUUUUGGUUUUCUGUUGUAAAAUAUUUAAAAUGGAUGUAUUCAUUCCAAGAA